CAAUAGAAAGAAAAUCACAUUAAUUUUGAAAAUGGUGAAUGAUCAACGUUUGAAGAUAUUUUUCACUGCUGUUGAUGGUGUUGGCCAUAUUAAUGCCUGUGUUGGUUUGGCACAACCAUUAAAAAAACGUGGACAUGAAGUAAUAUUUUUGACAAACGAAUUUUUUGCUGGAACAUAUGAAAAAUAUGGUUUCAAAGAAAUUGUAUUGAAAAUUGCUAAAGUAAAACAAAUAAUGGCAAAAAAUGGUAAUGAAAAAUCCGAUGAACAUCCAUGUAAAGCAAUGUCAUCGGUUUGGAAUAAAUUUCGUGAAGAUGGUACAUUAUCGGGUAAACCAUCAAUAGAAAAAAUAAACAACUUUAAACCUGGUGGUGAUAAUGAAAUUAUUAAUUUGAUGUUUGAAGGUGUCAAAGAUCAACAUUUACAGAUUAUCGAUUUAAUUGAAAAAGAAAAACCUGAUCUAUUUAUUAUGGAUCAAUUUGUUGUACCUCCAUGUAUUUUGUUUGGAAAAAUACCAUGGGCAUUUCUAUGUAGUUGUUGUCCACGAAUGUUAUAUGAAACAUCCGAUCUUCCACCGAUGUCUUCAGGUUACCCAACUGAUGAUCGAACUGGAUGGGAUGAAUUUGAUGCAAAAAUGGAAAAAGCUUUUGCAGAAGGAUUUAUUGAUGGCCAAAAUCAAAUUAAUAAAGAAUUUGGUUAUCCUGAAACAUCUGGAAAAUUUACAUUCAAAUCACCUUAUCUAAAUAUUUAUGGUUAUCCAGAAGAAUUAGAUUAUUCCGAUACAGUACCAUUACCUGAUAAUCAUAUUCGUGUUGAUGCAUUUUGUCGUGAAGCAAAUGAAUUAUUUGAAUUACCUGAAGAAUUUGAAGCAAAAAUAAAACCUGGCGAUAAAUUAAUUUAUUUAUCAAUGGGAUCAAUUGGUUGUUUUGAUAUUGAUUUGAUGAAAAAACUUGUCAAUGAAUUAUCCAAAUCCUCACAUAAAUUCAUUAUAUCAAUGGGUCCAGCAAAUGAUCAAUAU